AUGCAUCGCUCUCUCACUAAUUCCGCCCUGUGUGUUCUGCCUCUCACUCACCUCUACUGUUCCUCCUCAUCCUCCCCCUCCUCCUCAUCCUCCCCCUCCUCAUCCUCCCCCUCCUCCUCAUUCUCCCCCUCCUCCUCAUCCCCCCCCUCCUCCUCAUCCUACUCCUCCUCAUCCUACUCCUCAUCCAUGUCCCCUCACCAGGCGUUCCUUCCUCACCAACGGCAGGGCGGGCUUGGGCACUUUGUCAGAGAGCACCUGUGGGUUGCGGUAUCUUCUCUAAAGCCUCUCAGCGCACCCAUCCCUACUUCAAGCGCCUAUGCUCCUCGUCUCUGGGUGCCUGCUUCUGUCGCCCUGCGCCUUCCCUCUCCUGCUUCUGCUGUUACUGGCGUGCAAGGAAGUCAAGCAGGAGACAGAGAGGAGGCGGCUGGGGGUGAGGGGGUUUCUGGAAGGGAGAGGGGGGCGGGAGGAGCAGGGGAGGAGGAGGGAGAGGAGGUGGUGCUGGGUGUGGCGGAGGACUGGCGGAGGGUGUUCAAUGAUGUGCUCUUUGUCUCUUGCACUCGGGAUCAUGAGGUUCAAACCAUCCCCCCCACCGCCUCCCACCUCCCAGCCUCCUCUCGCUCCCUCCUCUGCUGGUUACCGGCACUCUCCAGACCCGCUUCCUCCUCCUCCCCUUCCCCCCCCUCUCCCCCUUCGUCCAUACCACCUGCACCCACUACCGUCCCGGCAAAAGCAACGAGAAAAGGUGCAAGCAGGACAGCAAAAGCGGCAGCAACCAAAGCAGCAAAAGCCGCUGCUGCUGCAGCAGCAGCAGCAGCAGAAGCAGAAGCGGCAGCAGCUGCCGCGGCAGCAGCAAGAGCAGCAGCAGCAGCAGCAGAAGUAUCCACAAUCCCUCCCCCAUCUGCUGCUCUCUCCCUACGAGUAGCCUUGCUGCGCAAGGUGAUAGCUGCUGCUCUCAAGGGGGCGAUGGGCAGCUGGGAGGACAUGACUGCUGCUCCUGAAUGGCCCCGGGAGGUGGCGAAAGCAGCAGGGAAGGCUGGGGACGGAGCAGGCAUGGAUUUGGACGAGGCUGAUACUGAUGGUUCCCACACCGACAGUGGCAAUGGCAGUGACAGCACCACAGAGGAUGGUGCUGCUGCCAAUGCUGGUGCUGGUGGUGCUGCUGGUGGUGUUGCUGGUGCUGCUGCUGCUGCUGCUGCUGCUGCUGCUGCUGCUGCUGGUGCUGCUGCUGCUGACAGUGAUGCCGGAACAGACGACGAGUCUUCUCCAACCUUCCGCACGGCACCAAGUGCUGCAGAUGACGCAGAGACAGAUGCAGUAGCAGCAGAAGGAGGGGUAGGGGUGACGGCGGGAGUACAGGAAGUGUCAUCACAUGUUGUAGAUAGGCUGGCACCCUGUGUGGGGGAUGGUGGUGGUGAUGGUCGUGGUGGUGGUGGUGGUAAGAGGAAGAGGAAUGCAGGCACAGAACUUGGAAAGGAGGUGCUCGCUGGGGUAAGAGAGGGGACAGAAGCAGGCGUAGGAUUAGGAUUAGGGUCAGCAGGAGGUUCAGGGGCAAGAGCAGAAGCAGGAGAAGCAGAAGGAGAAAGAGAAGGAGCAGCAUUGAACGAAGCAGUGGUACCAGCAGCCCUGAACGUAGCAGACCCUGCAUCGCCAGUAUCAUCAGGAGGAGGAGGAGCAGCAGCAGCAAGAGGCAAGCGGUCUGGUGAUGUUCGAAGUUUCUUUUCCAGGAAACUUCCCAGCGAAGCUGCUCCCCGCGCCACUGCUGCUGCUGUCGGUGCUGCCUCUCCUGCUGUUUCUGCUGCUGCCCGCGCUGCCCGUGUAAAAACGGAAGCAGAAGGCGAAGACGGAAUGGGAGGGGAGGAAAGGAAAUCGAGUGAGAAGAGCAAGAGUAAAGGCAUGAAGAGUAGCGAGGGGGGUGGAGGAGCAGGAAGUGCAGCAAAAGGAGGAGGAGGUGGUGGUGGUGGUGGUGGUGGGAAUGGCAGUUCACUUCCACCUGAUAUCAUCAACAAGGUGGUUUUUGUCAAAGGGCUAGUCGUGGUCCCUUCCCCUCCUCACUCUCCUACUGCAACCCCUUUGGGACAGAGACAGCAGCAGCAGCAGAUGCACAGCAUGGCCUUCACUCCGCUCCCUCCUGCUGCUGCUGCCGUUGCCACUCAGGAAACUCAGUUCCCGUGUUCUUCUGCUUCUGCCUUACCCAACUUCAAGCGAUUCAAAAAGGUGUGGGGAGCCCCCCCAGGCAACACCCCUGGAAUCCUCGUGCAGUACUCUCCCAAGCCCUACCGCAAACCAAGGCCAAAUCGCGAGGAGCUGAAGAGCAUGUGGGCGCACCCACAAACCAAGGCCAAGUGCGAGGAGCUGAAGAGCAUGUGGGGGCAGCCAGUGAAGGCGUACGGGUACUGGGGCAGCGACAAGUUCAACCACAAGUAUCUCAUGGACCUCAAACACAGCAACCUCUCUGGGCGGCAGGACCCCUACGACAAGGCGACCCGCGUGGCAAAUGCUGCAACCGAGGCGCAUUGUCAUCAUUGCACCAUGCCGCGCCAGCCGAAGAAAGCUGCUCAGCCAGUGAGCAAGCCCACGGACAAUGGUGUUCGCGAGUCCGCGUCCACGAGUCACCAUUCGGAGCCAGCGACGCCUCGUCCGAUGCUGAAGGAAGUGGGAGGCCCUUUCGCGGAUGAAACGCGCAUCUCGCUGGUGAAGAAGUUGAAUGAUUUGAAGUUCUCGUCCCUGGAGGAUCGCACUGCGGAGGGGUCUACUGAAGCAGGGGAGGAGAAGAAGAACACGGAUGAGGUGUCGUCCCCGGCCGUAGCUCCAGAGGUUCCUGCUGAAGGGGAAGAAGAAGAGGAGGAUGAGGAUGACGGGUACCUCAGUGAUGACCCGGAGGAACGUUUUGACCCCGUGAAGGCGGGGGAGAUCGCCGCGCGUGCUGGCUUUUCAAUCACGCUGCUGAUCCCGAUCAAGUACGAAGAGGAGGUGGAGCGGACUAUUGACACGGUUAAGGGUCUGCUGGCGCUGUGGUGA